AUGGCCCAAAUCGGCAUGGACCACGAACACCACAGUGGACAUGAGAUCGCCUUUGGCAGCAAUGAUGGAUGGGUUGAAAUCAAUAACAGCUACGCUUCGUCGCAAAAUCAAUCGCCGAUGUACGAGCAUGGAGGUUUUGGGUUCAUCCAGCCGCUGAAUCAAUUGCCGGCGGAAUCGUCGUUUAACUCCCAGAGAAUGUCGCAACCACAUCCAGUUCAAACAACGCACCAGCAAUUACUACCUCUCAUCAUGCCCAGCCAUCCCACGUGGCCGAGUAUGCUGACGAACCCAGCAAGUUACCCGGCCCCGCCAGUCGCGAUACCACCAGCGUCAGCCCCUCCUGUGGUCAAAGGAAAUGCUCCAAAGUUACCAGCGAUUCAUGCGACUCCGUCUCCAAGAAAGACGCUCACCGAUAGUGACCGAAGGCGCAUGUGUCAGUACCAUGAGGAUAACCCUUCGGUAAAGCAGACUGAGAUUGGAGCAAUGUUUGGUGUCGAACGAAGUACCGUGUCGAAGGUUCUCCGUCAAAGAGAAAAGUACCUAUUCCCAGAGGAUCGGAGUCUGUCUCCAGUGAAACGCGCCAAAGGCAAAUUUCCUGAUAUAGAGAGAGCGCUUUCAAACUGGGUUAGGAAUAAUCAGAAAAAAGGCCUCCCCUUAACGGAUGCGGCAAUCAAGGAGAAGGCUCGAUUUUUUGCGACCACGGUUGGCAACAACGAGAGUCACUUGAAGACGAGUAGUGCUAGCUGGCUUGAGAAGUUCAAACAGAAGAACGGGAUUGGGACAGGCAAACUAACGAGAAGGGCCUCCGAAACCAACAUCUCGGACAGUGGUUCUCUUAAUCCAGACUCAGCUGGGCCUUCUGCUUCUCAAACACCUAACGGAAUCUCCCCGACGUCGCCCAACGGCUUACCAUCUCCGCCACCUUUAUCUGCUACUAAGAGUGACGAUGACCUGAACAGUGACGGCCUGAAUAGCUAUUUCGACCAGGGAAAUGAUGCCUACAGGCACUCCAAUUCACAAAGUACUACUUCUUUAUCCAGUGCUUUUAUAGAUACCACCCCUGGGUCAUUUUCCGCAGGACCUACGAGUCCCACAACGUCCUUCUCCUUUUCACCCGAGACCAAUUCUAGUUCAUGGAUGCCCUCCCAGCAAUCUCGAAUUCCCCCACCGGGCAAUAACUUCCAACGACCGAGAAGUCAGACGUUUCCCAUGUUGGGGAUUGACCCAUCCUUCGUCUCGCCGCAGGUUUCGGAGCCCAUGACGCCGAAAUACUUGCCCGUAACUGCACCUUCCUCCACAUUGGACUCUCCGAUGCAUGAGAUGCCUCCUCCAUUUGGCAUGGACUCGGCAAUCUCGUCACCUCCAUUACACCACAGCAGUAGCAAUGGAUCAAUGGCUCCGCCCUCCUCAAACACUCCAAUCACCGGUCUGCAAUCACCGCCUGGAUCAUCAGCACCGAGUUCACCAACGUCCGACGACGCCCGAAGAGCCCUCGAUACGUUACUCACCUACUUCCAGCAGGCGCCUACAGGGCUUGUGGACCAGAACGAGUACCUAACGGUCCUGAAACUGACGGAAAAACUACGGCUGCAGUCUAACGGUCCGUUACCCGGAGGUCUUCAUCGAAUCCCCGAGCAGGAGUGCGAGAUUUCAGCGCCCAAAAUGGAGCAGUCAAUGAGCGCGGGUUGCUAG